GCGAGAUUAAACCUUCAACCCCUCUUUUCCUUCUUAGCGGGACACUGGAACCCUAAUUUGAAAUCUCCGUCCCAGCCAUCCCAAAUCCUCGCUUUCUCCCAAAGUUUCUAGCUUCCUGACCUAAUUUCCUCUCUGCCAGAAUUCGCUUUUCGCCAUGAACUGCGAAACUUGCCAGCUUAAAGAACUGGUGGUGGAACCAUUGGAGAUACGGGAUGUGUUGCGCUGCAUAUUGCAUACAAUUGUAUUCCAUAGAGCAUUAGGACUUGUGCGGCCAAAAGACGUUGACUGUGAACUCUUUGAAAUUACUUAUGUACAAUGUGGAGAUGCUGAAUUAGAAAGAAAAAUAGAUGAAAAAAUUGACCUGUUUAUCGGUUGGGUAGAGAAACAUCCAAACAAAAAAAGCCAGGUAUGCUUAUCCUUCUAUGAGGUCAGAAACAAGCAAGCAACAUGGAUGUUCAGUAACAAAACUGAGCGCCUUUAUUGGGAGCAAUGGUAUAUUAAUUUGCAUGUAAUAAACACCAAAACGCAUGGCAAAUCUCAUAAUUCCAAAGCACCGAUAAACCCUGGAGAUAAUGCACUGGAAGAAAGCAGUUCUAGACGUGCUUCUUUGGAGUCAGCACUCCAUGAAGUCUUGUUUCAAAUCAUUAAAUUUGUCAAUGAGAAGAAAGACCAUAUUCCAUCUGUAACAAAUUCUGAAGUUAUAUCAUUUCCAUAUGAAAUCACGACCCCAAGAAAGUUCUACAUAUAUCUGGAUCUCCAGGUGACCCCUUUUCCUUCGACGUGUUGCACAGCUCAUCAGAUUCUUCCUUCGGGUGGCACACUGAUGUCCUCAAGAGGAUGCUGCAAACUGGGCAUCCUUCCAUGCUCAGCUAACUGUAUGAUCUUUCAGAGCGUGAGCUCCACCCAUCACCUUCAUGCCUACAGCUUGUCUGCGGUUACUUUCUCCUCGUAAUGUUUACCCAUAUCGAGCAAGCUGUUAUGGCUUCAAACAAGACUCUGAUAGCAGUAAUAUCAGCUUCAUAUCUGCGCUCAGGAUUGUAUGAUGUGAUGGCAAAGAUGAACUGCGAUGCAAUUUUUUGUAGGUUAUGUUGUACAUAGCCCUUUGUUGAACCUUGUGUAUGUUUGUUGUAUAUGGGUAUUCCUACCUAUGAAUGAGAUAAACUUUGUAGACAUUCAGAAUGCAAAUAUUUUCUUUGCUCAUAAACAAUGACAAUUUUAAAAUACCUUGGAACCUCAAA